AGUAUCAUGAGAAAUUGAUUGAGCAUGAGUCUAGCAAUGAACAUUUUGUGUCUCCUCUUGGAUUAUCAUUUUCAUCGUCUUCCUCAACUCAUUCACUCCAUUCCUUAUCCAUCUUUACACUCCUACGUUUUAUCCUCAUCCUUUUUAUCCUUAUCCUUCUCUGUUCAUCAUCCUUCAUCAUCAUCAUCCUCACCAUCAUCAGUUUCACCAUCUUCAUCUCAUCUUCACCUUCAUCUUCAACCUCUCAAUCUCUUUGUCAACCCUACACAACCAACACACACACAACUAAAGUAACAAGUGAAUUAACAAAGCAACAACAAAACACCAACACUGAACAACAGUAAUGACAGAAGGAACAAGCAAACAAACAAAAGUUAAAGUUAAAUGGCUUUUUGUGAUUAACAAGCAAAAAAUUAGACAAAUUUAAAUUCCCUUUCAAUUUGUGAUUUUAUUUUCUCAAAAUCUAAAUCUAAUUUGCUUUCCAUUAAUUUUUCGUAUGUUGACUUACCUAAAUGAAACAACUAAUCACUAUAAUGUCAGGUGAUUUAACCUUUCUUGAUGAUAAUCUGUUUAAUCAAUUGCUUGGCAAUUGUGAUCAGGAAAAUUUUGUAUCCAACAAUCAUUUCAACGUUAACCAUUCCAUUGGCUUUUCAAUUGGUCAAAACAGGGAAGAUGAGGAAGAUGAUGAAAAUGAUGAAUCAAACGUUAACAAUCAAACAAAUCAUUCCAUCAUCUUUACAAAUCCAAACAAUUCCAGUCAACAUCACAACAUUAUCAUCAUCAACAGUUCAAUUGAUAAAACUAGUCUCAUGGAUUCAUACAACUGUUCAUCUUCACCCAAUCCACUGAUUAACCCACUGGCACCCGGAUUCGGGACUCACCAAGAUUCCCAGGAUGACCUGAUUGACCAUGAAUAUGAGACUGAUUAUUCAGUGUAUGAAAAUAAAUCGGGUUUAGCUGAAGAUAUGAAAUUUCUUGCCUCAAUGCCUGAACUUUGUGAUGUUACUUUUCUUGUCGGGGAAACUCGUGAACCCGUUUGUGCUGUGAGGUCAGUCCUUGCCGCUCGAAGCAGAACAUUUCACAAACUUCUUUUUGCCCAUAAGCAAAAUCAAUUAAGUGUCCUAUCAACAGUGACCAACAAUGUUCAACAAAACAACGGAACCAGUAAUAAUAAUGGCAACAAUAACACUGGUAACAACAAUAACAUCAACUGUUCCAAUAAUAAUACAAGCCCAGUGAACAACAAUAACAGUGGCUAUGCUUUAGGCAAUUUAUCAUCAGUAAUAUCACCUCGUGAAGGUGAUAGCGGGGAAACUCAUAUUAGCAAUGAUUCUCAACGAGAGAAACAAUUGAAAUAUUCAAAGAGCAAAAAAUUUCGUGAAACAAGCAAAGAGACUAAAUUGAAAUUGUUUUUAAAACGAAGCUCCGAGCCAGCCUUAAAUGGACUUCCAGUCAACCAUCAUCAUCAGUUUACUGUUCAAAGCCAUCGAACCAUGAUAAUCGAGGAAUUCGAACCUGAUGUUUUCCGUCAACUGAUUGAAUACAUUCACACUGGAUGUGUUACUCUUCAAGCAAGAACACUGUUAGGUUUGCUCAAUGCUGCUGAUUAUUAUGGUCUUGAUGAACUGAAACGGGCUUGUUUAGGCUUUGUUUCCUGUUGCAUUACCGUUGAUACUGUUUGCGCCUUAUUGGCUUCUGCCGAACGAUAUAUUCAAUAUAAAUGUACAAAGUCUCUUGUGCAAAGAGUUCUCGAGUUUGUCGAUCAACAUGGAAAUGAUGUUCUUUGUUUAGGUUCUUUUGCCCUUUUACCUGAACAUGUUGUUCGCCUCAUUUUAUCACGUGAAGAGUUGAAAGCCGAUGAAUUGACCAAAUUUCAUGCUGCUCUUUCAUGGAGCCAACGGUACUGUGAUGCUUCACCGGGUUCAACUGAUUUAAGGGAAGUUAUGUCUGGAUUUUUCGAGUGUAUCGAGUUUUACAAAAUUCCAGCCACAGUAUUGAUGAGAGAAGUACAUCCAUUGGGAGUUGUUCCGGACCAUGUUAUCAUGAAUGCUCUUGCUUUCCAGGCUGAUCCUCGAAGUGUUGAUUUACAUAAAAUUGAAUCACCAAAUAGAUUUAGACGAAUGACUCUUCCUCAUGCACUCAAUAUAGCUGGAAGUGAUUUACUUGGUUUACAACAGCAGUCAGCUCGGUCGGAAAGAUCAGCAUCAACAAGUACAUCGGGUUACAUUUCAAAUAGCGAUCUAAACCAUAUUACAGUAAAUGGACUUCGAAGUGAAUUAGUUGGCAAAAAGGAAGGCAAAGAAACGGACAAACCUGUAAUUGAAAGUAAUAAAGGUUCCAUCAGCGGAACUGGCAGUGCCAGUACUAGCAGUAGUGUCAGUACAAGUGGCAGUGUCAGUGCCAGCGGCAGUAGUAACGGCAACGGUAAUAAAGAUAAUAAAGAGGAUAAAACUAAAAGUAAACCCAAAGAAAAGGAUAAAAGUUGGAGAGACAAAAUUGGUAAACGCAAAGCUCGGCCAUUCCGAAGAGCUAAAACAUUGUUAGAUAGCAAUUAAGUAAAUUGUGAUUUGAACGGAAAACUAAUUGCGAUGGCAAAAAAGGUGAAACCAAUUCCUUCCUUAAUCAAUGUGUUCAACCGUUACAAUAAAAUUGACCAACAGUAACAUGAUGUUAUUGUUGUUACCAUAAGCAACCUAUGAAAACCGGCAACUUUAAAAUCACAAUUUGAUCAAUGUGUUGCUGUUGUUUUACUAACUGCAAAUCAAUUUGAGAUUGUAAUGUUUGAUGGUUGGUUUAACAGCUCAUCAUCGACAUUAUUGUCUUGGUAUCAAUCGUCAAUUAAAUGAAUAUUGUAAACAAUUAAGAAAUAAUUUACUGGGUUACUUGUCCAUCCAUUUGCUGUAUACAAAAACAGGGUUAACUUGUAUUUGGGUUUUCCUUCAAUGCUGUUGUCUGUGCCCAGUAACUUUCUAUGUGUAAACGUGAUAUUAUCAAUUUAUUGAUUGUAAAAUUAUUAAUUUUAAUCACUCUCAUUGUUUCUAUAUUGUAUAAGUUAUAAUUAAUUGUUAUAUUUUACAAUGAAAGAAGAUACAGAUUGAAACCUUUUCUCAUCAUAAAGUCUCCCAUCUCAACCACCUCUAAUACAUUAUUUUCAAUGUAAGGUAUGUUAAUGUUUAACCAAUUGUCAAGAUACAUAUUUACUUACAAAUAUAUAAAUAUAUACAUAUAUUUACACUUUUUGUACCUCUAAUCACGAUCAACAUCUCGAUCAACAUUAAUUUAUUAAUCACACAUCUUCCAACCAAAGAUACAAAUGUUAAUUGGCAAGAAAAUUAACUUUAAUUGUUAAAAAAGCCCGAAAAUGAAAAGUGACUUGAGCUAUGGCAAAAAAAUGGUGAACCUCACGGAAACCAGAAAAGCAAUUUCAGCUCAAUCAAUUUAUUAACCAUUCCAUUAUUAUAUUAUAUUAUUUUAAUUCCAUAGGAACAAUUGGAAACUCAGAAUAUCGUAUUUUUCCACCAAUCAAUGGUAAAUAUACAGUAUUAUGAUAGUUGACUUUAAGUUUGCUCGCUAACCGUCACUACUAACAAGCUUGUAAGCUUGAUAUACCGGGCGUUUUUUAUCCUGUAGGGUUUAAUUUAUCACCAUGAAACAAACGACAACCAGUGUGAAUGUGAGUUUGAAAUCAGUCAACCUAGUGACCAUUAAUGACCUGUUGGUUCUUUAAUUUGUGGAAGCUCGUGGUUCAAAUCUUAGGCUUCUAGCAUCGACCAUUCGUGAACACUGAAAAAAGGCUUACAGGAUAAGAUAUGCUCGGUAUUUGCAACGGAAAAUUGGUUCUCCAAUGUUGGUUAUCCAGCAAAUUUAAGUUAUGUCUAUUCUUAAUAUUAAUUGACAUAUGUUUAAGUUUAUAUAUUAUAUUAGAUUAAAAAGAGUAUAUUUGAUUUGAUUAAAAACAGAGAGAUUAUCAUUGUUACCAUAAGAUGUCACUCGAUAAAGUUCAUCUUUCGUUUAACAUUUAUCUUGAUAUUGUUUUCAUCCCAUCCUUUUAUUUUACCAAUCCGUAAUUAAAAAAUUGUAAAACGCCAACAUCACUAUCAUCAUCACCAUCUUUGUGAUUACAAUUUAAUUGUUGUAACAUCAUUUUACUCUGAUGAUGUCUACCAAAGAUUCAAUAUGAAAAAUUGGAUACUCAAUGUGUAUGUAUAUUAUAAUAAUAAACAAACUAACAUCUGUAAGUGUAACAAUGACAGUGAUUUAUCCAAGUCAAGUCAUUGAAUAAAAAUAAUUAAGUUUAUAACUUUGA